UCUUGUUGUGUUGCAUCCAUCUGACAGUCCUUCUUAGAGAGAUCUCUUAUAUAAGAUAUCUAAGGACUAGUUGAGUAGUUGCGAUCGGAUAAAAUAGUUGAGGACAAUAAUUCUCUGCUGACAAUCUCAACAUGUCAUUGGUACUUUGACUAGUAUCAGGGGUUCCUCCAUGUUCUACUACUUUUUCCAAAUAAAAAAUAAUAUUUGAAUUGGGGUAAAUUUUCUAUGAUGGGUCUUGUACUCUUGUUUUUGCUGAUUGGAUUUGGAAUAGAGUCUUGUCACUAUCGUUCUUGGUGGCAUGUUAUUCCUUUUCCUAUAAAAAGGGUAUUCUUUUGCUUUACCAUUAAGAUGGAUUUCUGAUCUUGAUUGGAAAUUUUCACUCCUUGUAAUGGCGAGAUGGUUGUCCUUGGAGCUUUGCUUAGAAUUGAACUUUUCAUCUUUUAUUGGGGUGUAGCAGUGAAUUGGGUUGAUGUGCAAUGCAGAGAUCACGGAAAGCUCUUCUGGAAAGAAGGGCUAUACAGAAGGCUACAAGUGGGAGGAACUAUGUCUAUCUGUAUAAAGUUUCUCUGUCGUUGGUUUUUGUUUUGUGGGGUCUGGUCUUCCUCUUCAGCUUAUGGACAAGCCAUGGCCAUGGUUAUGGAGAUCAUGAAUCUAGAGAAGUUCCAGUUGGUGUAUCAAAUUGGAAUGAAGAUGAACACAGACAAUGUAAAAAAUCUAAUUCUGCUGAUGAAUAUUUAACUAAAGAGACUGAUGAUGUCUACAUUCCUUCUGAGACUUUCUGCUCUGAUGGUGCUAAAACUGAUGGCUUAAUCGGUGAGUCACUUUCCAGUGGAGAAAGCAUAAACCGUGUAGAAACGGGUUAUAAAGAAAAUUAUAUUUCUCCUGAUACAGAGGAGCAUGAAGUUGAGAGAUCUAAAUCUGCUGCGAAGCAUCAAAAUGAUGUGCAGAAGUAUAAUCACUUGUCUCAGGCAAUGCCUCUUGGUCUUGAUGAAUUCAAGAGCAGGGCAAUUGGUUCUAAAAUUAAGUCAGGCACUAAUCCAUCUGGAAGUGUAAUACAUAGAUUAGAGCCUGGUGGUGCUGAAUACAAUUAUGCUUCAGCAUCAAAGGGAGCCAAAGUGUUAGCUUCUAACAAAGAAGCCAGAGGUGCCUCUGACAUUCUAAGCAGAAACAAAGACAAAUAUCUUAGAAAUCCGUGUUCUUCAGAGGAGAAAUUUGUCGUUAUAGAACUUUCAGAAGAAACCUUGGUAAAAACAAUAGAAAUAGCUAAUUUUGAGCACCACUCUUCCAAUUUCAAAGAGUUUGAAUUAUAUGGCAGUUUGGUAUAUCCAACAGAUGCUUGGAUUUUCCUUGGGAAUUUCACGGCCUCAAAUGUGAAGCAGGCUCAAAGGUUUGUUCUUGAGGAGCAAAAAUGGAUGCGAUAUAUAAAAUUGAAUCUUCAAAGCCACUAUGGUUCAGAAUUUUAUUGCACACUGAGCAUAGUUGAAGUUUAUGGGGUGGAUGCCAUUGAGAGAAUGCUGGAGGAUUUGAUAUAUGCCCAAGAUAAGCCAUUUGCAUCUGGGGAAGGUAAUGGUGAGAAGAGGGUAGCAUCUCCCCUUUCUAACGCUGCCAAGGCUGACAAUGUUAGGCCAAAUACUAUCACAGGGAUCAAUUCUGAUCCUGCUUCAGAAAUCUCUUCUGAAAACCAAGAAGCUAUAAUUGUGAAAAGAAAUGUUCCUGAUCCAGUUGAAGAAAUCCGUCAACAAGUUGGUCGGAUGCCGGGGGAUACCGUUCUCAAGAUUCUGAUGCAGAAAGCUCGUUAUCUGGACUUAAAUUUGUCUGUUUUGGAGCAGUAUAUGGAGGACUUAAAUUCUAGAUAUAUCAACAUUUUCAAAGAGUACAGCAAAGACAUGGGAGAAAAAGAUCUACUUCUAGAGAAGAUCAAAGAAGAAAUUAGUAGAUUCCUUGAACGACAAGAUGUUAUGAUGAAAGAAUUUAGUGAUCUUGACUCUUGGAGGUCCCAUUUUUCUGUGCAACUGGAUCAUGUACUAAGGGACAAUGCUGUUUUAAGGUCUGAGGUUGAAAAAGUCCGGGAAAAUCAAGUGUCUUUGGAAAACAAGGUUGUAGUUGUGUUUUCUGUGUGUGUUAUUUUUUCAUUGCUUGCUAUUUUUCGGCUAUCUUUGGAUAUGAUUAUGAACCUCUAUAGAGUCCUAAGUUUAGAUAGAACAAUAACCUCCAGGAGAUUUUGGCAAGGGAGCUCUUCCUGGUUUUUCCUAUUAUUGAGUUGUAGCAUUAUUAUUUUCACAUUAACUUUAUGAAAAUCCAUUUUUAAGCAAAGGGGUUAUUAUCUUCUGCAUGAU